AGAGCAACAACCAUCAUGCACCGUCUAUGGCGAGUUGGUAUACUAGUAGUUGCUGCUAUUAUUUCAUUCGGGCUGCUCCUGUCAUUCUCUCAGCCUUCGCAGUACACAUCAAGGAUAUUUAGAGGGAAGAACAAUGGCAGCUACCAUCGUAGACCUCUCACUUCUACUUGGCUCCGACCAGAUCUAGAGACGAAAGAACGUCAGAAGGCUGCGUUCGUCGUUUUGGCUAGGAAUAGCGAUUUGUACCAGUUUUUACCUUCGAUGAGAGCUGUCGAGGACAGAUUUAAUAAGAAGUUUGGCUAUGAAUGGGUAUUCCUCAAUGACAAGCCUUUUUCAGAUGAAUUCAAAAAACGUACACAAGCACUUAGCGACUCACCCUGCCACUAUGGGCUUAUUCCAGAAGACCACUGGAAUCAGCCUAGCUUCAUAAAUGAGACAAAGGCCUCAGAAGCAAGAGAUGCACUCGAGAGCCUGGGUAAAGUACCAUACGCUAAUUCCGUACCAUACAGGAACAUGUGCAGAUUCAACUCCGGGUUCUUCUGGAGACAUCCUCUACUUGAUAACUUUGAUUAUUAUUGGCGCGUUGAGCCGGACAUUAAGCUGUUCUGCGAUGUUGAUUACGAUCCAUUCCAAUUCUUGGCCGAGAAUGACAUCAACUAUGGUUUCACCGUAUCCCUUUACGAGUACCAGGAGUCUAUACCUACUUUAUGGGAGACGGUAAAGAACUUCAUUCAUGAUCACCCUGAGCAUGUACCAAAAGAGAACGCAAUGAAGUUCUUAUCAGACGACGGCGGCAAGACUUAUAAUCACUGUCAUUUCUGGAGUAAUUUCGAGAUCGCUAAUUUAAAUCUCUGGAGAUCACCAGCCUACAGAGCAUUUUUCGAUUACUUGGACAAAGCCGGUGGUUUCUACUAUGAGCGUUGGGGCGAUGCGCCUGUACACUCAAUAGCUGCCGCUUUGUUCUCUAGACCUGAUCAGAUUCACUUCUUUGAAGAUAUUGGAUAUCGUCAUGAGCCAUUCCAGCACUGUCCUCAAGGUGACGCUGCAGUUGGUAGAUGCUACUGUGACCCAGGAGACAACUUUGACUAUCUAGGGUACUCCUGCUUGAGCAGAUACGACGAAUUGACAGACAGAUCCUCCACCUAAGCAUGUUAAGUUAUUGUAUAUUAAAUCCUUAUUUUCAUUUCAUGACUUCGUCUUUUGAGAAGAC